AUGAGCAGAUCUUCAACCGCAUCUGCAUCGAAGCAGCUUCCAACUAAGUCAGCUUGGGCAAGGGGCCCGCCGCAGCCAGCGAACGCACCAUCAUCACGCUCACAAUCCCCCGCCCCGUCUAACGUACCACCCCAUGUCCAGACACACCAGCGACGCUCGAGCCAACUUAGCCAAGGCGUAGGCAUAAAGGAUGGCGUAAGCAUACCACGGGGAGACGCGCUAAAACAAGGGUCGGGUGUGACCUUUGGCACAAUUCGCGACGCUCCCGCACCUAUAUCAUCAUCUCCCGUUGCGGCUCCCGCCGUGGCAGCUGCCGGAAGCGUAAAAACGUUUGGUUCAGUACUUGUUAAUGGUGAUACCAAGCCCACUGCCUCCGCCGCAUCGACCAGCAGUUCUUCAAGGAUUUCUUCGACGCCCGCGGCCUCUACUUCAGCGGCCUCCUCGACGACCCCAUCUGCAUCAUCAACAAAAUCUGCUUUUAAAAUGGAUGUAGCAAAACUGUUUCAAGGUUCGGGCUCAUCUUCGACCCCUUCCGCUCCUUCAACAUCGGAAACCCAAUCUCCCUCUGUACGAUCAUCAAAUCUCCCUCCCCAAUCAUCACAUCAACCGCCUCCGCAACAACACCAGGGACAGUCGUCUCAAUCUGGGCAACCGUCGCAGAUGGGUGGGCAUCACUUUACCCCCUUCGUGCCAGGGAUGCGCCAGCAGAACGGUGGUCCUGGAGGAGUCCCUCGUUCGCCCUCGUAUAAUAGAAAUAUGACGAACGGUAACUCAUCCAGACCGACGGGUCCUAAUGGCCCAAAUGGCCCCUCACCGAUACCUCCAAGUAUGUCGAGUCCCCGGCUCCAAUCACAUCCUCAUGCUGGUCAACCCGCUCCUAUGGCUCCUCCGCCUCAGAUGCAAUGGCCUCCUUAUACUUAUUACCCUCCCUAUGAAUAUGGUUACAUGUAUAUGCCUCAACAAAUGCCCCCUCCGCCUAAUUCCCUCGGACCUCCACAGCCUGGUAUGGCUAUGUCCCCUCGUACUGGCCCUAUACCUCUACAGUCUCCUACUCCGGGUACACCAACACCUCCUCAUGCCGUUCCCCACAUUCCCCAUGUCCCACAUCCCCCUGCCCUCUCACACACUUCGUCAUCAAGUAUCAGUGGGACACCGUCCACUCCUACCACGCCAUCGACAGGGAACAUACCUCUCAGUGCUGCACGAUUAAACAUGGGUGCACCGUCGUUUGUUCCCGGCAGCGGUCGAGGUGCUAAAAUCUCGAUCAAGAAUCCCAAUGACGGGGCAGAGAUAAAAAUAGAAAAUUGGAAGAAAGGAAGUCCUGGUCCUGGCCCCUCCCCUGCAUCAUCCACGCCGCCUCCUACCACGUUUAACAGCCCAGGUAGUCGACAACCCAUCCGGUUAGAGAGCGAGGAUGCGAGAAAGAAGCGGAUUGCCGAGGAGGAGGAAAAGCAGAGAAAAGCAAAGGAGGCUGAACAGGCUAAGCGAGAGGCAGAGGAAGUGGCGAAACGGGAGAAGGAGCGCAAGGAGAAGGAGGAGAAGGAACGCAAGGAGAAAGAAGAGGACGAACGUCGCAGGAAGGAGGAGGAGAAGGAGAAGGAGCUUAAGAGAUUGGAAGAAGAGAAAAUCCGGAAAGAGCAAGAAGAGCGGGAACGCAAGCAGAAAGAGGAGAAGGAGAAGGAAGAUGAGCGGCUGCGGUUGGAAGAAGCAGAACGUGUUCGCAAGUUGGAGGAGGCCGAGCGGAAGAGGAAGGAGGAGGAGGACCAGGCUCGUCUGUUGAAGGAGAAGGAGGCGAAGGAACGUGCUGAACGGGAGGCAGAAGAGAAAGCCAAGGCUCAGGCAGAGGCAGAAGAGAAGGCGAAAGUUGAAGCGGCGGCGAAACAAGCGACCGUCGAGGAGCCAGAGGAGGGCGAGGUCGUCGAAGCUGACGCCCCGGUAUUGAAUGGCAUACCCAAGCCCAGGGAGAAGGAAAGUCUACGCAUCGAUACUGCUGAUAGUGGUCGCAAGCGACCUGGCCCCCUCAACUUGAAUAUCGCCAAAGGCGUUCCCAUCUCGGCUGCCCCAAUGUCUGCCCUCGCUACCGCGCGUCGAAUCGAAGAUCUUGGAAGUGUCCAAUACCCCGAUGGCAUCAGAAGUCCUAGCACCGAGCUCAACGCGAAUGCCCAGGACAGCAAGUUCAGGUAUGAUCGUGACUUCUUGCUACAAUUCAUGAAGAUCUGCACAGAGAAACCGGAUAUGUUGCCACCACUCGACGCCAUUGGACUUCAGCCGUCCGACCAAAGCUCGUAUUCAAUGACACGCGGUGGCUCUGGUCGCCACAGGCAGAGCUCCGGCGCCGUGCCAGCUUCUCGUCAAGCCUCCACUGGGCUGAACUUCAACCAACCUUCGGGCUUCAACAAAGCUAGCCCCGUCAACACCUUCACCAUGGGCCAAUUCGCCACUCCUGGAGCCGCGAAGAUGUCGAGCGAAGAUAGAUUCGCUAUGUCGAGUCGUUCCGCCAGCGGUCCUGCUGGGAUGGCCUUCGGCCGCCCGGCGCAGAUGCAGCGCACUGCCAGUCAGGGCGGCCCGGGCCCUAUGAACAAACAACGGACGAGGAGCAAGCGCGGGGAGGACCGUGGAGGGAACAAGGCUAACUCCGGUUCUCAACACAGCCAUGGCUCCAACUACAACUCGGGUGCUAUGUCUCAGUCAAGUCUUGGCCUGGAGCCCGUCGCACCUCUGCAGCAGUCUGCAAACAGAUGGGACAGGAAGUCGCUCGCUGCCGAUCCUGACUCACCUGAAAUCGUCGAUCGUAAGGUCAAGGGUUUGCUCAACAAGCUUACCAUGGAGAAGUUCGACUCCAUCUCGGACCAGAUCAUCGAGUGGGCGAAUAGGUCGGAGAAGGAGAAAGAUGGACGCACGCUCAUCCAGGUCAUUCGGUUGGUCUUCGAAAAGGCGACGGAUGAGGCUACGUGGUCGGAGAUGUACGCUCGUCUUUGCCGGAAGAUGAUGGAACAGAUAAGUCCUAAGGUCCAAGAUGACGGUAUCAAGAACGCUGAGGGCAAACCUAUCACUGGAGGUCAUCUCUUCCGUAAAUACCUUCUCAACCGAUGCCAGGAAGACUUCGAGCGUGGUUGGGUAGCGAAGGAAGCCACUGCAGCAGCGGCGGCCUCUAAGGCGUUGGAGGACAAAGCUGCCAAAGCGGCUAACGAUAAGGCCAAGGAGAAUGCUAAGGAGGGCGAGUCCACUGACGAGGUUGCUUUGUACUCCGAAGAAUACUACGCUGCCCAGAAAGCCAAACGCCAGGGUCUUGGUCUCAUCAAGUUCAUUGGGGAGCUGUUCAAGCUUCAAAUGUUGACGGAGCGUAUCAUGCACGAGUGCGUGAAGAAGCUGCUCGGAAACGUCGACAAUCCCGAAGAGGAGGAGAUCGAGAGUUUGUGCAAGCUCCUCUCCACUGUUGGACAAUUGCUCGACACGCCCAAGGCCCGUGCCCACAUGGACGUGUACUUCUCGAGGAUGAAGGAUUUGAUUAAGAGUCCUAACGUAUCUUCACGAAUGCAAUUUAUGCUUCAAGAUGUUAUCGAACUGCGCGAACGCAGAUGGGUUAGCCGCAAUCAAGUCGCAGCCCCCACUACGUUGGCAGCUGUCCAUGAGGCGGCGGCCAAAGAGAAGGCUUCCGCUGAGAAGGAAGCAUUCCAGAAGCAGCAACUCAGCAUGUCUCGUGGAGGCUCACGACGAGGUGGCGAGCGCAACGAACUUACUGGACCCGACGGCUGGACUACUAGACCGCCAUCAAAGGCUGGUGACCUUUCACAAUUCGGGAAGAUCAGCAAGCCUGCCACGAUGAACUUCGGACCCAGUAGCGUCUUCGCAAACAAGAAGGGUGUCGAGAAGAAGGAACCGAUUUCCCGUACUAGCUCCAGCUCCAAUAUGUUCUCUAUGCUUAGCGGUAAUCCCGAAGUUGCCAUGUCAGAGAGCGGCGCAUCCAAGUCAAGUCGACCGCCCAGCCGCAAGGCCAGCAUCGACCUAUCCCAGUCUGGGGCUCCCGACGGACAGAGACGACGACUCAACCUACUUCCCCGCACGAAGCCAGUUGAAGAAGUUGAGGCGGGACCUUCGCAAGAGGGCGAGAGCGAGGAGGGUGAGGAAGCUGAGGCGCCCACGAUGAGCGAAGCCGACGCUAAGAAGAAGAUAGACGAAGAUGUCAAGGAAUUCUUUGGCGUGCGGAACUUGGACGAGGCGGAGGUGUACUUCUCUGGUUUGCCGUCUACGCAUCAUGAGCGCCUGGUCGAUAAACUUGUCUCAAAGGCUAUCGAGUCCAAGGAGGCUGAUGCUACCCUGGUCGCUGAUUUCUUCGCCCGCGCAUCAUCGAAGAGCCUAUGCUCACCCACGUCCUUUGAGGAAGGGUUCCUUGGUAUUGCCGAAGUCUUGGAAGACAUUGCCAUUGAUGCACCCAAAGCCUGGGACUUCAUGGCCCUCAUGGUUAAGGGCGCCAGCCUGAACGGGGACACUCAGGGACGCAUAGCGUCGAAGACAACGGAUGCUAAUAAACUACUUGCACUUUUAUCAUAG